UCGAGAGACACGGCAGAGCACAGAGACAGAAGAGGAUGAGGGUGGCGGUGGUCGGCGGCGGGGUGAGUGGGCUGACGGCGGCGCACGAGCUGCUUGCCACGAGCCGAGGCGGCGUGCAUGUGACCCUGUACGAGCAGGAGGAGAGCCUGGGAGGGCAUGCCAGGGCGGUGGCCGUCGACGACGGCGCCGGUGGGUGCGUCAAGCUCGACCUCGGCUUCAUGGGCUUCAACCAGGCAACAUAUCCCCACAUGGUGGAAUGGUUAGAAGGCCUCGGGGUGGAGAUGGAGAGAUCAGACAUGUCUUUCUCUGUGAGUACACAACCGGACGGCAGCAACAGAGGAUGUGAGUGGGGCAAUGGCAACGGUAUCUCAAGCCUCUUGGCGCAAAAAGCCAAUAUAUUGAAAACAAGUUUUUGGCGCAUGCUCCGUGAGAUAUUCAAGUUCAAGAAUGAUGCUCUGGCGUACCUGGAGAACCAUGAACAUAACCCUGAUCUGGACUGUAAUGAGACAAUGGGGCAGUUCAUUCAGUCCCACGGAUAUUCCCUAUUAUUCCAGGAGGCUUAUCUUAUUCCUGUCUGUGCAGGCAUGUGGUCAUCUUCAUCACAAGGUGUUUUUAGCUUGUCCGCUUUCUUCGUGCUAUCAUUUUUUCGUAACCAUGACCUUCUUCAGCUGUUUUGUUACCCCCAAUUGCCCACUGUCAAGGCUCGUUUGCAGUCCUUUGUAGACAAGGUAAAAGGAGAAUUGGAGAGCAUGGGCUGUCGAAUAAAAACCAACUGUCGUGUCAAAUCUGUUUUAAGCCUUGAUGGAGCAGCUGGCUACAGAGUCUUGGAGAAUGAUGGUUCAGAGGAAACAUAUGACAGUGUCAUCCUUGGGGUACAUGCACCCAAUGCUCUCAAAGUAUUAGGAGCUGAAGCUACACAUCACGAACUGAGAAUUCUAGGUGCCUGUCAGUAUAUCCAAAGAGAUAUAUACCUCCACUGCGAUCAAAAUCUGAUGCCCCAAAAUUCGUCCACAUGGAGCGCCUGGAAUUUCCUGGGGACAACUAGCAGAGGUUUUUCUGUUACUUACUGGCUAAACCGUAUUCAGAAAAUUGAAUCUGCCAGCCCUUUCCUGGUGACAAUCAACCCCCCUUGUGUUCCGGAUCGUGUAGUGCUUAAAUGGUCUACAAGCCUUCCUGUUCCAUCUGUGGCUGCGGCGAAGGCUUAUCUCCAGCUUGAUCACAUCCAGGGAAAGAGAGGAAUAUGGUUCUGUGGGGCAUAUCAAGGUCAUGGUUUCCAUGAAGAUGGAUUGAAGGCUGGGAAAGCAGCAGCUCAAGGUUUGCUUGGAAAGAAAUGUCAGCUUCUGCAGAACCCAAAGCAGAUGAUUCCAUCAUGGACCGAGGCUGGGACGCGCCUUCUAGUUGCAAGAUUUUUCAACCAAUUCAUAUCCAUCGGUAACUUGAUAUUGGUCGAAGAAGGAGGUAGUGUGUUGAACUUUGGUAAAGCUUGCGACAAAUGCCGUAUAAAAUCUGUCAUGCGAGUUCAUGACCCCUUGUUCUAUUGGAAGGUUGCAACAGAAGGAAACCUUGGCUUGGCAGAAGCAUAUAUUAACGGAUGUUUCUCUUUUCUUGACAAGAGAGAAGGACUUCUGAAUCUUUUCCUGAUACUCAUUCUUAACAGAGAUGUGCGUAGGAGCUGCAGGAGCGCCAGAAAAGGCGGUCGGUGGACACCCUUGCAUGUAAUAGCACGGUUGGCACAUGCUAAAUACAUUUUGCGCGAAGUCUCGAGGAAGAACACUGUCACACAAACUCGUCGAAACAUCUCUCAGCACUAUGAUCUUAGUAACGAUUUUUUCUCGCUUUUUCUGGACAAAUCGAUGACUUACUCUUGUGCUGUUUUCAAGAUGGAGAAUGAAAGCUUAGAAGUAGCCCAGCAACGCAAGCUUAGCCUUCUAAUCGACAAGGCUAAAGUCAAGAGGGGGCAUCAUGUUCUUGAUAUCGGUAGCGGCUGGGGAAGUUUAGCAAUACAAGCGGUUAAGCAAACUGGCUGCAAAUACACUGGAGUCACUUUGUCGGCGGAGCAGCAUAAAUACGCAGAGAGAAAAGUCAGAGAAGCUGGCUUAGAGGACAACAUAAGUUUUAUGCUGUGCGACUACCGUCAAAUACCACCUUGCAAGUAUGAUGCAAUCAUAAGCUGCGGUAUGAUCGAACAUGUUGGCCAUGAAUACAUGGACGAAUUUUUUGCCUGCUGCGAGUCUUACUUGGCUGAAGAUGGCAUAUUGGUUCUCCAGUUCAUCUCAGCUCCAGACGAACGGUACGAGCAAUACAGAAGAAGGACAGACUUCAUAAAAGAAUACAUAUUUCCUGGCGGUUGCCUUCCUUCUUUGGGCCGUGUAGUGUCUGCCAUGACCACAUCAUCAAGGUUCUGCAUAGAGCAUGUGGAGAAUAUUGGGCCUCAUUACUACACAACUCUGAUGCACUGGAGGGACAACUUCAUGACCAACAAAGAUCAAGUUUUGGCCCUGGGCUUUGAUGAGAAGUUCAUGCGUAUAUGGGAGUUCUAUCUCAUAUACUCUGCGGCUGGUUUCAAGUCACGAGCAGUUGGAGAUUACCAGGUUGUUUUCUCUCGUCCAGGCAACCGUCGGCUAGCCCACCCUUGAUGGAUAAAGGCAAUAUGUCCUCUGUUCAGCUGUCGAACUGCUACUUCUCGAUAGCUUACGACCUUCCAAUAAAUCAGCCCUGGAAUGGUUUGUUCAUACGGGCAGCCUCAUCUGGUGGUUUGGUGAUCUACCUUCUUGUUUUAAUCAUGAAAUGUUUGGUUUUUCGUGGCAGUGUAUUGUUAUCUAUCAAUGAACUUGUACGAUGCAUGCAUGUGUGUAUGCAAGUGUUACAUUAGACUGGUUACUAGAAUUUGAGAAUUGUAUGGAAGGAACUGAUUUGUUGUUUUAAUGUCUUGUCAGAAAUAGUGGAUGCCA